AUGACUGGAACGAAGGCUAAAGCGACAGAAUGCAGCUUCGCAAUUGCUCAUUGCAUAGCUGCCAAAGGCAAACCCUUUACAGAUGGAGAAUAUAUAAAGGAAUUUUUUAUAAAAAGUGCUGAAAAGUUGUUUAGCGAUUUACCUAACCAACAAACCAUAUUAUCCCGAAUUCAAGAAAUACCGGCUUCUGCGCGAACAAUUGAAAGAAGAAUAACUGAAAUGGCAGACAAUGUAACAACAAAACAGAAUGCUGGAUUACAAGAAGCUGUUUCAUUUAGUGUUGCUGUUGAUGAAAGUACCGACGUAAAUGAUAUUGCGCGGCUUGCAGUAUUUGCACGGUAUUGUGAUAAAGAUCAAGUUUAUGAAGAAUUGUGUACUUUGAUUCCUCUGUCUGGGACAACUAAGGGGGAGGAUAUUCUUUCUUCAUUCAUAAGUUAUUUUGACAGCAAGAACAUUAAUGUCAAAAAAAUAUUUUCUGUAACUACUGACGGCGCAGCUGCAAUGAUUGGCAAAGAUAGAGGAUUUGUCAAACUUCUUGAAAAUCAUAUUGGACAUAAAAUAUUGAACUUCCAUUGUAUAAUACACCAGGAAAGUUUAGUUGCCAAAAUUUCGUCACAGCGCUUAAUUCCUGUAAUGAACACUGUUGUUAAAAUAGUUAAUUUUAUAGUGUCUCGCUCUUCACUAACACACAGACAAUUUAAAUCUCUUUAG